AUGCAGAUUUACAUCCGCACAGUCAUCUUGUUGCCGCUGCCAAUGGACUCUCAAGGUGACCUGCAAACUUUCAGCAGUUCCGUUAAGGACAUGAAAUGGAUGAGUAAACAAACAAACAACGCGAAUUGUUCGGUGUCGAACGAACAGGCUGGUUAUGGUUGGAACUGUUUCGAUGGUGACCUGCCGUACGCUCAAGAUCCAGCUGCUUCGCAUUCGCGUAGACUCCCUUUGUUGAACUUGAAUGCCGCCGAAGGAGGUGGACCCGGACAUGGUCCAGGAGAGAAGCGAACGACGGCUGAUUCGUCGUCUUCCAUAGAGCAGCGGCUAUUUUUGUGCUGCACUUGUUGUCAUCGAAUAAAGCCGGAAGAGCUUGAAAAACAUUGGCUGCAAUUUCACAGACCCAGUGGUCAGGGCACUCAGAUGUUCUGUAUUGACUGUCGCGGGGUGAUCAAGGCCCUGAAGGACCUGCGCACUCAUCUGACGUGCUUUCAGCGCGAGUCGACUAGGCGCAGUCAUUCCAAAUGCUCAAAGUGCCAUUUUACCGCGUCGUGCAACAGAUCGCUGCGACGUCACAUGAGAAUGUUUCAUCAACCGAAAUAUUGCGGCUGCUGCGGCUUGGAGAUUAAUGGAAAGGCAAUGGAGCAGUUGGAGAAGUUUAAGUACCUCGGAGUCCUGUUCACUAGUGAUGGAAAGUUUGAAGAAAAGAUCGACCGGCGGAUUAGAGCAGCCAGUUGCUUUCUGGAUUUCACGUGGCGUCAGGCGAAUCACGAGAAGAAAUGCUAUGCGCAGCGUCGUGCCAGGAAACUCCAGAAGAUUUGUAUGGUUGCCAAAUGUGCUGUAGUAGCUUCGACAGACGGCACGCAGUCCGUUACUCCUGCUUCUGACUGUUCAGAAGAGGAAAAAAGUGAAAGUAGAACCUCACCGAUGGAAGCGUGUCAGGUGUCGAGUUCCACCGUUGAGGAAAAUGUUACAGCAUUAGAAUUAUUGCCAGACAAAGCCAACGCGGAGACUUUUGUCAACAAAAAUAAGUCGGAUGGGGAGAGGGAAAUCAUAGAUAGGACGGCAGUUUCCGUGAAAGCUGAAAAUAUCACGGAAAGUCACUGGCACGAUAUUAAGUCUACGGAAGUUGGGGAUCUCAACGGCCCGGAAGUAAAAACAGGAGACGCAGUGAUAGAUCAUGGUGAAGGGUCAGAAGAACAGAUUGCCGGAUCACCGUUGUCUUCUUCGAUGGCCAAUUCAGCUUCACAAAUCCUUGCGGGUCAAACGUUUACGAGCGUCGAUGAGGUUAUCAGUUCUUCGAUUUACUCGGCUCGUGUUGCGAAAAAGCGUCCCGCACGGACACCUACCUCACAGUCAUCUUGCGUGUUUGCCAAAAGCAACUUCACUUGUACUCUGUGUCCCACCAUCUGUGCUUACAAGCAUAGCAUUAUACGGCACUUGAGGAACAUUCAUCGGAUCGCAGAUCCCAGUCAGUUCUAUCACGAGAAACCGAUAGAAGAUGGCGAUGAGCAGCUGGAGCAGCGCACCGUCGCCUGUCAGGUGUCCACUAGGUGUGCCGCAUGCGAUGAGAAGGAUGCAGUGAUAAAGCGGUUGGAAGUGAAGUUGAAGCGAAUUUUCGCUCUCAGUGACCCCGUUUCAUAUAGGGACGUUGUCAACGGCUGUAACUGA